CCCAUCCGACUGAUCAACCGCCCGCUCGCGUCUCGCGUCUCCCAGCGCGGGCCGAUCCUGCUGGCUUCACGGCCCACCAACUUCUGCCAUCCACCAUUCCUCAAAUAACAAUUCAGACUGGAUCGGUGACCUCAUUGUCACUCACACCCCCGGAUAACCUGCGAUGCCUCCCCGCGGCACCCGAAAGACGGCCUCCACCGCUGUGGCAACUGAGCCACCACGCUCCCCCGAACCCUCCGGCGCGGGAGCCAAGCGCAAGCCAGACGAAACCCAGGAACAGAGCUCCCCUCUGCGAAGGUCGAAGCGGGCCAAACCAGUUGCAACGCAGUCGCCAUCCGGCAAGUCCACCACACGCGCAGCUUCGACUCGAUCUGCUGCAGAGAGCCCCAAGGCCUCGCCGAGAAAACCUCGUGGGGGCAAGGUUGUUUCCGUGAAAAAGGAAGUCGAGGAGGUACAAGAGCUUGAGGUCGAGGCAGAAGUAGUCGACGAAAGUGUGGCCAAGGACGAGGAGGUGGAUGAGAAACCAGCAGUGAAGGUAAAGGCUACGCGGAAAAGGAAGACCAAGGAGGAGGUCGAGAUGGUACCAUUGAGGGCGCGUACGCAGGGUUUGCGCAUGUGCGUGGGAGCUCAUGUCAGCGCCGCCAAAGGUGUUUUCAAUGCUGUCCACAACAGCACACACAUCGGUGGCAACGCCUUUGCCCUCUUCCUCAAGUCCCAGCGCAAAUGGGACAACCCUCCUCUCCAAGACGAUCACCGCGACCAGUUCCGCAGCCUCUGCACAGAGCACAAAUAUGACGCCGCACAACACAUCCUCCCCCACGGCUCCUACCUCGUGAACCUGGCCCAAGAAGACAAAGCCAAAGCCAAACAAGCAUACGAUUCAUUCCUUGACGACCUUCGCCGCUGCGAAGCCCUAGGAAUCACCCUCUACAACUUCCACCCCGGCAGCGCCAACCAAAGCAGCUUUCCAGACGCCCUCACCCGCCUCGCCACAGCCCUCACCAACGCCCUCCGCGCCACCAGCACCGUAAUCCCUGUCCUGGAAACCAUGUGCGGCCACGGCACCACGAUCGGCGGUUACCUGCACGAAUUCCGCGACAUCCUAGCCCAAAUCCCCAAAGACCUCCACCCCCGAAUCGGCAUCUGCAUCGACACCUGCCACAGCUUCGCCGCCGGCUACGACCUCGUCACUCCCGCAGGAUUCAAAGCCUUCCUCCAAGAAUUCGACGACACCAUCGGUCUCCAACACCUCCGCGCCCUCCACCUCAACGACUCCAAAGCACCCAAGGGCAGUAAACGCGACCUACACGCCAACAUCGGCACGGGCUUCCUCGGUCUCCGUGCCUUCCACAACGUCAUGAACGAACCCCGAUUUCAAAACCUCCCUAUGAUCCUCGAAACGCCUAUCGAUCGUCCCGAACCACCAUCCUCAUCCUCAUCCUCAUCCUCUCCCAAAAAGACCACCAAAAAACCCCCCUCAUCUUCUGCAAAACUAAUUCCUGACUUCACCGUCUGGGCGCAGGAAAUCGCCCUCCUCGAAUCCCUAAUCGGGAUGGACCCGGAGGGGGAAGAAUUCCGUGCCCUGGAGGCAAAAUUAUCCGAAGAGGGGCGGGAAAUGCGCGAGAAGCAACAGGAGCAAUAUGAGCGGAAAUUGUCGGCUGAGGAGAAGAAGAAGGCGAAGGGGAAGGGUCCGGUGGAGAAGAAGAAGGGACAGAAGACGUUGAUGGAGAUGAUGAAUGGGGCGGGGAAGACGAAGAGGGGAAGGGGGAAGAGUGCAAAAGAGGGGGAUGAGAGUGGGAGUGAUGAGGAGGGGUGUCAGAGUCAUGCGGAGGAUUGA